AUCCACGCAGUUGUGUUUGCUGUUGCAUUUACAUCAGCUCUGAACACCUCGACUUGGCAUCGCUUUUGGUGGUGGACGUCAGGGAAGAGUUGGCCUGCAGGUGUCACCGAUGUUCUGAAAAACGCAUAUGGAACGUGCAAACCAGGGGAUAUAUAUUGCUUCCAAAGGCUUCCUUCCUGGGCCGAGGAAGAUUCAACAGAAAUCCUUGCAAUUGACUCCGAAGGAACUGUGUACCAAUGGAAGUUUGAUGCAAAGAACCCAACAGCACAUGCUGCAUGGCAAGCAUUUCAUGACCAUCAAGAAACGGCAAGUGGUACGAUUAAAAACAAUCAAGCCUGGGACCCUGUAACAUUGGAAGGAAACAAACCCAAAGCAACGCAAGACUCUUUCAUGUACCGAGAUCAGAAUGGCGUGAAGUCACUUCUUCUGGACGACGACAACUGUGACUGC